AAAGCAAGCAAUGCUAAUUUGUUAGAUUUUGUCUAAAUUGCGGUGAAUAACACAAUUAUUAUAGUACACUUGCAGUUGAAUAACUGAACUGAAUCAUCAAAGACAAUGGGUAAAGCAAUACCUGAUCGUUGGCUUAAUUAUCAACCUAUUGGCCAACGCGUACCCGCCACACGUUUUAUUGCAUUCAAAGUGCCGCUAAAACAGAAUGUCAAUAACACAGUCGAUGAGGAGCUGCGUCUGGCGCCGCAUUCCCUGCUGGAGUCUGUUCCAAAUUUGGGUCUGAUCGUUGACUUGACCAACACCAAUCGAUACUACAAUCCGCAGGAAUUUAGGGAUCAAAAUGUAGAGCAUCAGAAGCUAAUGAUACCAGGUCAUCAUACGCCUCCCACGGCACUCGCACAGAGAUUUUGCGACUAUGUGACAAACUUUCUAGAGGCUAAUGCGGAUAAUGACAAACUUAUUGGAGUGCAUUGCACACACGGCGUGAAUCGUACUGGAUACCUGAUCUGCUACUUUAUGAUCACUCAGAUGAAUAUGUCACCCAAGUUGGCCAUUCAAACUUUUGCCGAUGCACGUGGUCAUAAAAUUGAAAGGGAGAACUAUACGAGCUCAUUGCUGCAGCUGAUGCAGUUAAGGAAGAGGCGUAACGAUAGCGAUAACAGCCAACACGUAGAGGGAAAGAGAACUAAGUUGCCCAGGCACCGACAUCAGGAUGAGCAGCGAAGCGAACGGAGUGAAGGUAAUUGGCGACAGGAUCAACAUAGUUGGCAGCAGCAGCUACAGCAGCAAGUGGAACUUGAUAAUCGACGAAAACAGAAGCUACAUCAGCAAGAAGAGCAUCAAAAUCGACGACAACAGCAGGAACAACGUCAUCAAAGGUAUAACCAGGAUCGGCACUAUGGUCAUGAUGACAGAAGUCAGCAAAGACCACAUCGUCGUUGGCAGGAUAAUGAGCGACAGGAGUCCUUUAAUCGAAAGGACAAUUAUAAUAUCUCCUAUAAUCAAAAGCCAGGGAACUGGCAGACACGUCCAUCCCACGACUGGCAUCGUGAUCGCAAUGAUGAUCGUCAAAGCUAUAGCAGAGGCAACAACAACUACAACAACUACCACAACAGCAGAUACAAUAAUAAUUACGGCAAUAAUAAGUAUAGCUGGAACAGCAAUCAACGACAGGAAAGUGGAACAAGUCGUAAUCGUUUCACUCGCUUCAAUGAUCAGGAGUAGCUUUACAUCUCCUUCCAUUCUAGAUCUUAGUUCUAUUAAAUGUUGUAAAUUUCGCAAGACUUUCAUUUAUAAUAAAUUCCAAUCGAGUGUUGGUCAAUUUGUUGUAAAUUAUUGUCCAUUAGGCCAAUAUGCAACGCCCGGUAACAACAACAA